UCACUAUUCACGACUCUAUCGUCUACCCUCCUUUUGUUUUUUCUUAAAUCUUAAUUAAUGUUUUCCUAACUCACCCAACCCAAUCUGUUUGGCAUUGCACGAGGUUUGAAUCUCCUCGUAGUGUACAUAUGGAUUGCGACGAGAUGUGCCCGUCACUCAACGACACUUAUUCUUUAGCCGAUUACACACCACUCGACACGGGUUGCUUCGAAUGCCACAUAUGUUUCGAGCUUGCCCAAGAGCCAAUCGUGACCCUUUGCGGACACUUGUACUGUUGGCCUUGCCUCUACCAAUGGCUCCAUCUCCAUUCGCACUAUCACGAAUGUCCCGUCUGCAAGGCCAUCGUGCAAGAAGGGAAAUUAGUUCCCAUUUUCGGCCGGGGCAAAUCGAGCUGGGACCCGAGACCCAUAUCCUACCCGAGAGUCGAGAUCCCGAACAGGCCAAUGGGGCAGAGGCCUCAAACAGCGCCACGUGUCGAUAGGAAUAGUUUUGCCACGUCGAAUGACGUGGACCCCAUCUCCGGAGUUAUGCCGAUGGAGGCUGUACAGUUUGGUCACACGACUCUCUUGACUAUUCUCGGUGCCCUACCGACUAUUUUUAACCUCCAGGUGAAUAGUGCUUUUCACGACGCUAAUUUUUAUGGCUCGACUUCAGGGGCGCCAUAUGUGUUCUCGAGUACAUUUCGUGGAGGUUACGUUCAAGGCUUUCAUAACUAUCACUCGGUUCCUAUUGAGUGGAAACCGAUUGCCUGGAAGUUUUUAUUCCUUUUUCUGGGGAUAUUUUUAAUUCUGCACUUAAUACUUGUGUGAAGGUUGCUUCUUAUUAGUUGAUGUAGUACAUAUUUUAGUCGGAACUUGGUUACGGUUCAUGUGUUUGUGUGUGCUGAGACGUGACUCAGUGACUCGUGAGUUCUUGUUGCGCGAUAAAAUUGAACGCGGAAUUAUAUGUGUGUAUGUAUAGGUUUUGAUUUUGGGUAUGUUCGGUAAACAUAUAAGAUAGCUUAUAAUUUAUUUGAUUGGUUUAUAAGUUUCCUGUAUCCAAUUAAGUUUGGUUUGGUAGAA